GGGCUCUGGUUUCUGGCUGGGCUGCCCCGGCCGCUGCAGGCGGUGGGCGGGAAUUUGCCAGGGGCGGGGCGGGGCAGGGCGGGGCGGGGGUCGGGGCGGCCUGGCAGUGGCCGAGCCGAGGGGGAGGGACGUUCAUUAGCAUAGCCUCCUCCCCUCCCGGCGCGGCCCUGCCCAGCAACCCGAGCGGAGGCCGGCGGCUGAAUGGGCGCUCGGCUCCGGGCCCCGGCCCUCCCGCGUUCCACCCUCGCUCCCGCUCCCGCCCCGCCCCGGCCUCCGCCGGCGGCCGCCAUCCGCCGCCCCGGCUGUGAAUGAAAGGCAGGCGCCGCCGGCACUGGCUGCAGGCGACUCGGAGACGCGGCCUCCCAGGAGGCGCUCGCCCCGCAGAGAUGUACGGUGUGUGUGGCUGCUGCGGUGCUCUACGCCCCAGGUACAAAAGGCUGGUUGACAACAUCUUCCCUGAGGAUCCCGAGGAUGGCUUGGUGAAGACCAACAUGGAGAAGCUGACCUUCUACGCCCUUUCAGCUCCAGAAAAACUGGAUCGAAUUGGCGCCUACCUCUCCGAGAGGCUCAUCCGCGAUGUGGGUCGUCAUCGAUAUGGGUACGUGUGCAUCGCCAUGGAGGCACUGGACCAGCUGCUCAUGGCCUGCCACUGCCAGAGCAUCAACCUCUUCGUGGAGAGUUUCCUUAAGAUGGUGGCCAAGCUGCUGGAGUCGGAGAAGCCCAACCUGCAGAUCCUCGGCACCAACUCGUUUGUGAAGUUUGCCAACAUCGAGGAGGACACCCCAUCCUAUCACCGGAGCUAUGACUUCUUUGUGUCCCGCUUCAGUGAAAUGUGCCACUCCAGCCAUGAUGACAUGGAAAUCAAGACUAAAAUCAGAAUGUCAGGCAUCAAAGGUCUGCAAGGGGUGGUGAGGAAGACGGUGAACGAUGAAUUGCAGGCCAAUAUCUGGGACCCGCAGCACAUGGACAAAAUUGUCCCAUCACUGCUUUUCAAUCUGCAGCACGUAGAGGAGGCAGAGAGCCGCUCCCCCUCGCCCCUCCAAGCGCCAGAGAAGGAGAAGGAGAACCCAGCAGAGCUGGCCGAGAGGUGCCUUCGGGAACUGCUGGGCCGGGCCGCCUUUGGCAACAUCAAAAAUGCCAUCAAGCCUGUCCUCAUCCAUCUGGACAACCAUUCUCUUUGGGAACCCAAGGUGUUCGCCAUCCGUUGCUUUAAAAUCAUCAUGUACUCGAUUCAGCCGCAGCACUCCCACCUGGUUAUCCAGCAGCUCCUGAGCCACCUGGAUGCCAACAGCCGCAGCGCGGCCACGGUGCGGGCGGGCAUCGUGGAGGUCCUGUCGGAAGCUGCCGUCAUCGCCGCCACCGGCUCUGUCGGGCCCACGGUGCUGGAGAUGUUCAACACUCUACUGAGGCAGCUGCGGCUCAGCAUCGACUACGCCCUGACCGGGAGCUACGACGGGGCCAUCAGCCUGGGCACCAAGAUCAUCAAGGAGCACGAAGAGCGCAUGUUCCAGGAGGCUGUCAUCAAGACCAUAGGCUCCUUUGCCAGCACGUUGCCCACUUAUCAGCGCUCCGAAGUGAUACUCUUCAUCAUGAGCAAGGUCCCACUGCCUUCCCUGCAUCAUCCCAUGGAGACGGGGAAGACCGGAGAGAACAGGAACCGGCUGACCCAGAUUAUGCUGCUGAAAUCCCUCCUUCAGGUAUCCACAGGUUUCCAGUGCAACAACAUGAUGUCAGCCUUGCCCAGCAACUUCCUCGACCGCCUUCUGUCCACCGCCCUCAUGGAGGACGCAGAGAUCCGUCUCUUCGUUCUGGAGAUUCUCAUCAGUUUCAUUGAUCGUCAUGGCAACCGCCACAAGUUCUCUACCAUCAGUACCCUUAGCGACAUCUCUGUCCUGAAGCUGAAAGUGGACAAGUGCUCCCGACAGGACACCGUCUUCAUGAAGAAGCACUCCCAGCAGCUCUACAGACACAUCUACCUGAGCUGUAAGGAGGAGACGAACAUACAGAAGCACUACGAGGCGCUCUACGGCUUGCUGGCCCUCAUCAGCAUUGAGCUGGCCAAUGAGGAGGUGGUGGUGGACCUCAUCCGCCUGGUGCUAGCUGUUCAGGAUGUGGCCCAGGUCAAUGAAGAGAACCUGCCUGUAUACAACCGCUGUGCCCUCUACGCACUGGGUGCAGCCUACCUGAACCUCAUCAGCCAGCUCACAACAGUACCUGCCUUCUGCCAGCACAUCCAUGAGGUGAUAGAGACCAGGAAGAAAGAGGCUCCGUACAUGCUCCCUGAGGACGUGUUUGUGGAGAGGCCUAGGUUGUCUCAAAAUCUUGAUGGAGUAGUGAUUGAGCUCCUCUUCCGCCAGAGCAAGAUCAGUGAAGUCCUGGGGGGCAGCGGCUACAAUUCAGACAGGCUUUGCCUGCCCUACAUCCCUCAGCUGACAGAUGAGGAUCGCUUAUCCAAGAGGAAGAGCAUUGGAGAAACCAUUUCCCUGCAGGUGGAGGUGGAAUCUAGGAACAGCCCAGAGAAGGAGGAGCGAGUGCCUGCCGAGGAGAUCACCUAUGAGACGCUAAAGAAGGCCAUCGUGGACAGUGUGGCGGUCGAGGAGCAGGAACGUGAACGGCGGCGACAAGUGGUGGAGAAGUUCCAGAAGGCACCCUUUGAGGAGAUUGCGGCACACUGCGGGGCCCGGGCAUCACUGCUGCAGAGCAAACUCAAUCAGAUCUUUGAAAUCACCAUCCGCCCCCCGCCGAGCCCGUCAGGCACCAUCACCGCAGCCUAUGGCCAGCCUCAGAACCACUCCAUCCCUGUCUACGAGAUGAAGUUUCCGGAUCUGUGCGUAUACUGAAUGCCAAAAGACAGAGCUCCUCGGAGGGGUGGGGUCUGAGGGAGGGGCUCGCCCUCACAACCCACCCCUGGGACAUGGGAAUCGAACUGGGAUCUCAGAGAAAAUGCACCUUGGUUGGCAGGCACCUCCCCAGCUAAGCAAAAUGGAGUGGCGGAGGGGGCCCUCCCGGCCCUCCCACUUCCUCCUUGUCUUCCCUGAGGGAGAUCAGCCUCCUGCCCCUCUGGGGCCAAUAAGCAUCCCACCUGCCCUUUGUUUCCUCCUUUGUGUCAGCCUGGAGCCGGGUGCCAUGGGGGUCUUUUCAGAGGGAGGCUGGAGUCUCCAGAAGCUCCUCCUUGGUGUAGCAUGGCAAGGGCUCUCAUGGGGACGGGUCCGGGUCCGGGGAGCAGAGCCGCCAGUCCCCCGGGAGGGAACUAGACAGAGCCAGGGUCAGGCAGAGGAAGGCACAGAUUGCAGUCCAGAGGAAGCGGGGGCAAGGCUCCCAGCUCCUCCUGGAAAGUGGUGGCAUACGAGGCUGGAAGAUGGCUGCGCUCUUCCAGAGUAUUCCCUCCCCUCGGCCCGGAGGCCUCCGGCCUCUGGGUGUCCCUUCCACUCUCCUGCUCACGCCGCCAGUUGUGUCCUUGUGAAUCUUUCUAGUGUUAGUUCAUAUCGAGCCCUUCCAACAGGAGUCCUUCCAACAGGAGCCCUUCCACACGGGGCAGGAAAGGAUGAAAAAGAAGGGCGGCAGGCUGGCCACAGAGAGGGCUGCCCCUCCCCAGGCUCGGCCUGCCUCCUGUAGAGGAGCGGGCGGGCGGAAGUGGGCGCAGUCACGCCCUCUGUGGCAUCUUCUCACUUCCUUCGUUCAGAGGGAGCUUGUUGGGUCCACCUGUGGCCCUCUCCCUUCCAGAUGUUUCUCUGAGUGAAGCUUUCUCUCUCUGAUGCCUUUCUUCCUGAGGAUCCUAGCAUGUUUCUACAGCCUCUGGGUUGCGGGAGGGCAGAACGAGAGGAUCUGGUUCAAGAAGAUCUGGUUCUGCAUGGCAUGAGAGGAGCCGCAAGGGCCUGCAGGCCUGCCCACAUCACUUUCUUUGGGAGAAGCUCCCAGCCUGGUCUGGGGAAGGGGCGGGGGAGGGGGCUAUGGGGAGUAGUACUUUGCAUCUCAAGGAUGUCAGGAGUCAACCUAGUGGAUAUUUCGUUCAAGGAAAGAAGGAUCCAGCACCUAAUACUGGAAUGAUCUCUUCACUCUUUGGAUGAAGUCAGGACAUCAUCACUGCCAGCUGGCAAAGCUUGAGGCUUGGGGAGAGGCAGUAGAGACCCCUUUGGGUUUUGGGUUUCCGUUUUCACUGAGUGCCAUCCGUGUGCAGAGGAGGGGCUGCUGCAGAGCUGGUAGGCCGCUGUGCUCCCCCCCCCCACCUCCCCCACCCAUCCUCCCUCCAGGGGCCUUUGUGCCUCCAGAGUCCCCUGGGCCCCCUCCAGCGGCAGAACCCCAUGGUCCAAAAUAGCCCUUUUCUUCUCUUCCAAGCAAACGUCCCUAACUUUUCUGAGCCGAUGUAACUCACAGUAAGGUGUGAAUGGUCAGAUGAUCCCUCCCUGGAGAAUUUGUUUUUUAAAAAGAGGGAGGGUGAGUAGAUUUCUUGACCCAAAGGAAACCCUUUUGAGGGUACAAUUUUAGGCAGUGCGGGGAAGGGUCAGAAGCAGGACGUUUCUGCUAAGGGGAGGGCAAGCUUCUCGGGCCACUCUCCGGUCACACCCGUGCACACAGCCCUGUGCAGACACACGACGAAAGCCUGAUUAGUAGGACAAAUCUGUAUUUUCCCAAACUGGGAAAACCUUAACAUAUGGACUUUCCCAUUACAUGUGCAAUAAACGGUUUGGGUGGAGGGGGCUAUCUGACUCUCGUUCCCGUAGUUUCUACCCUUGCUCAGUGCCCCUGUGCUGUGGGCCUGUGGCUUCCAGACAGCCUGCAUGAUUUCAAGGCCCAAGGAGCCUGGCUCCUGCGCCCCACCCGCACCC